AUGCCCUAUUGCUUGUUCGUCAAGUUAAAACAGCUUAAGUACUCGUUUCUCCUAAAGCAGCUAAAGUGUGGCCUGGAAAGCCAGCAACUUACUGUCGAUCAAGUAACUUGCUAUUAUGUCACACAGGCUUGUGAUUGCUGGCUGCUGGCAGUCAUCUCCGGUGUGGCCAGUAUUCCACAGCUCUUCGAACACAUCUGUCCCAUUCCUCAGAUAAUUGAGGGGCCAGACUAUGUGGGCGUCUUCAAAUUCCGUUUCUGGCAAUUUGGUAACUGGGUUGAGGUCCUUAUCGAUGAUCGUCUCCCGGUCGACUCCAAUAACCGAAUGAUAUUCAUGCACUCUGACGAGUCUAAUGAAAUGUGGUCAGCCCUGAUGGAAAAAGCCUAUGCCAAGUAA